CAGUGCUGAAGGCUGAAAGCAGCAGCGAGCUCUCAGUCGCUCGCAGUCCUGCUCAGUCCUGCGCUGGCAACGCUGAACUGGCGGCUGCAGCUGCGACAAACUUUUUUUUCUCUCCUUUUCCCUGAUUUUUGUCUGCUUUCCCCUCCUCUGUUGAAGAUGACCUAACUUCGAAAGAGCCUCUGCUGGCCAGGGAUCGUCUCAAGUGUGAGAGACACCCUCCUACCUCCACCACCACCACCACCACCAUCAUUAUCAGCACUUGAAGGCUGUUCUGCAGAUGGGAGGUCACCAACCGGUCGUCUGUUUCGCCCAAAUGCACUACCAGGCCUCCGCCUUCGUCUAAGAUGGCUGCCUGUGGCCUUCUUCUGCAGCCGAACAGACUGGAGCAGAGCUGCGCGUUACAAUGGUGAUCAUUUUCUUGAAAACACUGGAAAAGAAGAAGGGUGUCAAUGAUGUAAGGUCCAAGAACAUCGAGAGACGGCUGCGUGACCUCCACACCAUGAGCAGAGGGACCACCCUCUUCUCCUGUGGAACUGUGGAGGCAGAUAGGUGGCUGGACCUGGGGAAAAGCUGUGCCAUCCAGCAGAGAGCACCCUGCCAGUCUGGUGCCAGUCUGGAGAGCCUGUGGGAUGUGAUGCCUGAGCCGGGGAGCUGGCACUGGGCCAAGGAGCCGGGCAGCGCCACAGCAAUCACCAGUCUGAUAAGAGAUCUCAGCCUUGGCGAUGGCAGUGUGGGCAGCCCCCGCUGCCACCCCGCAUCCACCACUGCACACUACACCACUACAGCCACCAGCCAGGCUCCGGCAGCGCCCCCGAGCAAACGGCAGUGUCGCUCCCUGUCGUUCUCUGAUGAAUUCAGCGGGUUUCGCUCAUCUUGGAGGCCCCAAGGCUCUCGGGUGUGGACAGCGGUGGAGAAACGGAGGUGCCACAGUGGAGGAAGUGUCCGAGCAGGAGUGGGGGGAUUCUCCAGCGGUCAUUUUCCUGCCAUGCAGCGUAGCUCCAGCUUUAGUUUGCCGUCACGCUGCAGCAUCCCUUCAGACGGAGCCCUCGAUCUGCCAUUCUUCAACCAGCGACUGCCUCUCCACCCUCAAUUCACUGCCUCUCCAGUCUCCCCUACCUCUCCCUCCUCGCAUCAUCACCACUCCCACCAUCACCACUUCCUCAGGCCCCUCUCGCUCUCCCAUGAGCAGAUCAGCCUGCCAGAACUCCAGAGGGAAGAGGCGUCGGAGGCCAGCUCUCCAGACUCCACGCCAGAGCUGGGGAGGAGAACGGGCCAGAGAGCCGGGGGCACCGGGUGUCUGUCUCGGAGCCGGUCCCAGCCCUGCGUGCUAAACGACAAAAAGAUUGGUAUGAAGCGCAGGAGGCAGGAAGAUGCCCAGGAGCAGCGGCCCUCCCUGGACCUGGCAAAGAUGACUCAGAAACUACAGACCUUUCAGAGCUUGAGCUGCCCCGGCUUCUCCGCCACUGACGGCUGCCAAUCAAUCCUGCCCCCUCCCACCUCCGACACCUUCAGCCAACCGGACUUCGCUGCUGUGCCCGAGCUGGGACUGGAGCCACGUCAGGAAGUGGCAGGAGAUGAUGAGGAGGAGGAGGAGGAGGAUUCAUCCUUCGAGGAGCUGGAUAGCGACUCGGCUUGUAGCGUGGACUCGCCGCCCGGGUCUCCUGUAGACAUCCUGGGCGGGAAGUGCACCCUCUGGAAGGGUGACUGUGGGACACAGAGGGACAUUUUCCAGCUCGGGGGAGAGCUGGAUCUUGACCAGAUUGAGAGAAACUGAACAUUUUUAUAGGAGAUUUUUAAAAGACUGCGUCGGGACUGUUUUGGAAAGUUAUUGGACACUCACGAUGUACCAAGAGAUGGAUGUUAAGAAGGGCUGUGAGAAAGAGUCGAGGAUGUUUUUGAAAGGGAAGGAAGAUGAAACUGAUGUGGAAGAAAAAGGAUUAAGUACGUUGUUAACAGCUGGCUUCUCAAUGACACAUUUGCCUUGAACAUUCUUACUGUUUGAAUCAAAAAGCAGUGACCUUAGUUGUUUUUUUUUAAAUGGGUAUUCAGCUUAACUCAGGAGUAGGAAAGUGAGGGUUAGUCUUAAAAGCCCCCGCUGUCUUUUCAACCUGAUGACCUUUCCAAAGUCAGCUAACCAUAGAUUUGUAGUACUGUAGCAGUAGCUGGGCUCUCCUGUAUGUAGCUCGAGUUUUUUGUUUUUCAGAGUAAGUGGGGGGCAUCAAGGAUGAAACAGGGAGGGGUAAAAAAAACAAAAAACAAAAAACAGGAAGAAGUGUCUUACCCAUGACCUUUUCUCUUCGUCUUUCGUGCACACAUGAAAACCUGAUGUUUUUUUUGCUGAAUGUAGGCUCAAUAAGCUUUAUGAGGAGAUCAGAAAAGGACAGUGCCUUCUUCUGGAUGCUUGCUCUCCGUGUUCUCUCCAAGAAAACCGGACUCGAACCGAAGCCACCUUUUCUGACCUUUUUUUGUAGUUUCUUAAUAUGCAAAUUGUAUAUUUGAAUUCAACACUGAAUCUCAAGUUUUCAGUUCUAAUAUCAAUGUAUAUUUUUCUAAGUAACUUUUUUUUUUAUGAGCUGUGUUUGUGUGUGUGAAGGAGCAAGAAUACAAGGCCUUUCCUCUAACAGAAUGAACAUGAAAUAAAUUUACAACCUGCACUCAUA